AUACAUCAAAAACCCAGCCCCUCCACAUUCAAACACUCUCAUACCACAUCGGUCCAAACCCCUCCACAAAACACUCCGCAAGCCACAGCAAAACAGAGCACGAUCUCAAUCAACAGAGCUCAGACUCAGAGCAGCAAUGGGGAGCGCCACCAGGAUCAUGAGGACGGCGCUCCACGCAUUCUUCACGCACUACCACCCGGCGGCCUCCGCGGCGGCGCUCCUCGCGCUGCCCUUCUCCGCGGCCGCGCUCCUCUCCCGCUCCCCGGCGGCGUCGGCAUUGCUCGCGCGCCCGGCGCUCUCCCGCCGCCUGCGCCGCGUCCUCGUCGCCGCGGGGUUCCCGCCGGCGUCGCAGCUGCUCUUCCUCCUCAACCACAGGCUCUCGCAGUCCGCGCUCUCCUUCCUCGCCACCCUGCCCUUCUCCCUCUCCUUCCUGCUCCUCGCCAAGGCCUGCGCCGUGCGCGCCAUGCAGUCCCCGUCCCCGUCGCCGCGGACCCAGCACCACAAGCCGCCGCUGCCGCUGCCCCCGCCGUCGUUCCCGCGCUACCCGGCCAUGGCGCGGACGCAGCUCGCCAACUUCGCGGCGCUCCUGCUCGCCAACGCGGCCGUCUUCGCCGCGCUCCUCGCGGCCUUCAACGCCGCGGAGGCGCUGCGCCUCGGCUCCGACGGCAGGGCCGUGCUCGCGCUCUCCGCCGCCGGCGUCAUCGUCUACUCCGUCGCGCUCGCCAACGCCGCCGCCGUCUGCAACCUCGCCACCGUCGUCGCGGCCGCCGAGGGCGGCCGGGGCGGCUGCCACGCGCUGCUCAAGGCGGUGCUGCUCGUCCGGGGCGAUGCGGCUACCGCCGUCGCCGUGGCGCUGCCGGCGAGCCUGGCCACCACCGCCGUCGAGGGGCUGUUCCAGCACAGGGUCAUGAAGCUCUACAUUGUCGACGGCAGGGUAACCUCGGCGAUGGUCUGCGAAGGGUUCUUGAUCGCCUACAUUCACUCCAUGAUCUGUGUUCUUGACACUGUCAUCACCUUCAUGGUCUACCAGACCUGCAAGGCCAGCCACUCUCGUGAUCUCUUGGAAUUGGAAGGGAAAGAGGAUUUCUUUGCCUAAAACUGUUCUGAAUCUCAAUUACUCCACUACAGAGGCUAGAGCAUAAACCUCUCAUGCUCAUGAUGAUGCUCAUUCAUGUUUUUUCUCUUCUUUUUUUUUAGUUUUCUUUUACCCAUUUGCCAAUGCUGGUUCUGGGGGCAGCUACGAUAUUAGUAUAAUUAGGAAGUGCAUCAGGUCCAUCACAUUGCUCAAUCUGUAAAUAACUGGAGACUUGGGCUUACUAUAAAGUCACAUAAAUAGAUAAUUCAGUGUAGUUUUGCAUA